CAUUUAUAUUCACCCUCCAUAGCCAAAAUCCAACAACCUCAAACUCACACAACAUCUUCAUUUCUUCUUCUACUUCUUCUUCUUGUUCUUGUUUUCUCUCUCUACCAAUCAUUAAUUUCCUCAAAAGUAAAACAUCAUGCAACAAGCAAUUCCUUAUAGGUCAUGGCAACCUCUCAUCUCAUCUUCCCCCACCACCACUCACUUCACUAGUUCUAUCAACAACACUAAUAACACUUCCUUUGUUUCAACCAAAAUGGUGUCAAACAUGGUCUUAGAGAACGCGGUUAUAGUCUUCGCCAGGCGCGGUUGCUGCAUGAGCCACGUGGUGAAGCGGUUGCUUCUGGGUCUUGGGGUGAACCCCGCCAUGCAUGAGGUUGAGGAGAAGGACGAAGUGGCUGUGAUUAGAGAGUUGGAAGCAAUUGUGGGUAGCAACGAAAACAGCAUGCAGUUUCCUGCAGUUUUUAUUGGUGGGAAAUUGUUUGGUGGAUUGGAUCGUCUUAUGGCCACUCAUAUUUCUGGGGAAUUGGUUCCGAUACUCAAAGAAGCACGAGCUCUAUGGCUUUAGUUUUUUCCAUUUUCUUUCUUACUUAAUUCCUUUUUCUUAUUCAUUAAUAUAUGUUCAUUUUGGGUACAUCUUGAUUCCUUCUCUUUGGGAAAAAAAAAGAAAAAAAUAAUGUAAUGAAAAAAAUUGUGUUUUUCGAUGUCUAGAAUUUGAUACAGAAAGUUCAGAAAUUUCAUAUGA